UUACCAUGUCCCGCUCGACGUAGGCUGCUUGGAAAAAACACAAAAAUAAAAGAAUUCUACCCGGUUAAGCAAGUUAUUCUUUCGUUUUCUGGACUCGGAGAAAGACUCCAUGAAAGUGAAAGAGAGUGCUUCUGAACAGAAGAAGCUCAAGUUCGAAAGCAUUGUGGUUUUUGGGUUUUCGCUGAAACUUGCAUGCUUGGUGAAGAUAUUUGUUGACUUCUAAUGUCGGCUGCAGGCUUGCAUUUUCCAGCAAGGGGCGGCUUCUUAUCUUUCGCGGUUGAACUUUGGUUCAGACAGAACUGAGGGUCUAUAUCCAUAGAUUUUUCGAGCACUAAGAAAUGGCGAAUGGUAGUGUUAUCAGUGCCUCAUUCUUUCAGGUGUCUGAAUUACUCUUUGAUACUGUACAUGUAGCAAAGGAGGUCCUCGUUCAGAAAGAUAAUUUCAAAGUAUUGUCAAUGUACUUGGAGCUGACCUCUUCUAUUCUGAAAGAGUUGUCAAAGCAAAACAUUGAGUGUUCCGAAAGCUUGGCUAAUGCUUUGAAGAUUCUGAAUCGAGAGGGUGAAGUCGCGAAGCAGCUAGCUCUAGAUUGCAGCAAAAGAAACAAGGUGUAUCUCUUAAUCAAUUGCCGGAAUAUUGUCAAGGCCCUAGAGAGAAGCACAAAAGAGAUUGGUAGAGCGCUUGGUCUAAUCCCAUUGGCGUCGUUGGAUGUUUCAUCCGGUAUAAGUAGUCAGAUUAGCAAGCUGUGCAAGAAUAUGCUGGAUGCUGAGUAUCGAGCGGCUGUAACUGAGGAAGAGAUUGUGGGCAAACUUGAGCUAGGAAUACAAGAACAGAAUGCUGAUCCGUCCUGCGCGAAGAACUUGCUUGUUCAAAUUGCUGAGGCUCUUGGGAUCUCCGAUGAUCAGUCUGCAUUGGAAAAUGAACUCGGGGAGUUCAAACGUGAAUUGGAUGAUACGAAUAGAAAAGACCUGGAAGAAGAUUUGCCGAUGGAACAGAUGAUUGCUUUGCUUGAGAAGGCUAAUGCUACUACAUCUGCUGGUGACAAAGAGAAGGAGUAUUUUGAAAAGAGAAAUUCUUUAGGUAAGCAACCAUUGGAACCUCUUCAGAAAUUUGAAUGUCCAUUGAGUCAUGAUAUCAUGGAGGAUCCCGUGGAAACCUCCUCUCGUCACACGUUUGAGAGAAGCGAGAUAGAGAAGUGGUUUGCAGAAGGUAACACCAACUGUCCUGUGACCGAUAUUCCCUUGGACACUUCAGUUCUACAGCCCAACAAAGCACUAAAACGAUCAAUUGAAGAAUGGAAGGAAAGGAAUACCAUCUUUACAAUCGUCUCUAUCAAACAGAAACUCCAGUCAAAUGAAGAGCAGGAGCAAGAAGUGCUUCAAUCCUUAGACAACCUGCAGAACAUAUACAUGGAAAGGGAAUUGCACCGUGAAUGGGUGACAAUUGAGGGCUAUAUUCCUGUCCUCAUUAGACUUCUUGGUUCGAAAAGUCGAGAAAUAAGAAAGCGUGCUCUUGCCAUCGUAUUGAUCCUUGCAAAAGAUGGUGAAGAAAAUAAGGGGAGAAUCAUAAAAGUGGAUAAUGCACUCGAAUCUAUUGUCCACUCGCUUGCACGUCGAAAUGAAGAAAGCAAGUUGGCAUUGCGGUUGUUACUGGUACUAUCUACAACUAGGGCUGCACGCGAUUUAAUGGGAAAUGUUCAGGGCUGCAUACUUCUCCUAGUAACAAUGUUAAGCAGUGAAGAUAGUCAAGUCAUCCGAGAUGUAAACGAGCUCCUAGAAAAUCUGUCUUUCGUUGAUCAGAACAUUAUACAGAUGGCGAAAGCAAACUAUUUUAAACCUUUGUUGAAGCUUCUUUCUUCAGGAGUGGAAGAUGUUAAAAUGCUUAUGGCUAGAACUUUGUCGGAAAUUGAACUGACAGACCACAACAAACUGUCCAUUGUAAAAGACGGGGCACUAGGACAGCUUCUUGAACUGCUUUCGCAAGGUGAUAUUGAAAAGAGGAGAUUUGGUGUCAAGGCUCUUCUUCACCUCUCCAACUUACCACAAAACGGCCUGCAGAUGAUUAGAGAAGGUGCAGCUGGACCGCUAUUUGAACUUUUGUAUUCUCACAGCUUAUUAUCGCCAACCUUGCGCGAGCAGGUAGCUGAGACAAUUAUGCACCUUGCCACAUCAACCACCUCACAUGAAGCUGCACAGGAGCAGGUAUCAUUGUUAGGCUCUGAAGAAGAAAUCUUCAAGCUCUUUUCUCUAAUAUCUUUAACAGGACCUGACAUACAAAUAAACAUUCUCAAAACCUUCCAUGCACUGUGCCAAUCUUCUUCUGGUUUUGACAUCAGACUAAAGUUGAGACAGCUCUCUGCUGUCCAAGUAUUGGUUCAAUUAUGCGAAGCUGAUAGCCCUACCGUGAGGGCAAAUGCCUUGAAUCUGUUCUUUUCCUUGACAGAAGACGGUGAUGACAGCACAUUCUUGGAGCAUGUAAAUCAAAGGUGCGUCAAGACCUUGCUAAGGAUUAUAAAAAGUUCUAAUGAUGUGGAGGAGAUAGCUGCUGCAAUGGGGAUCAUUGCUAAUCUUCCAAAGGACGCUCAGAUGGCGCAGUGGCUUGUAGAUGCUGAGGCCGUUGAAAUUAUCUGCAAUUGUCUAAUUGAUGGGAACAGAGAUGCCUUGUAUAGAAGGCGGGUAACAGAGAGUGCUGUUGGAGCUCUUUGUCAUUUCACAGUUUCGACAAAUCAGGAAUGGCAGAGAAAAAUAGCUGAAGCUGGUAUUAUACCAGUGCUGGUGCAGCUACUAACUUCUGGAACUUCUUUGACAAAACAAUACGCCGCCAUUUCACUUAACCAGCUAUCAGAAAGCUCCAAAGGCUUGAGCAAGCCGAUCAAGAAGCGUGCGGUUUUCCUGUGCUGCUUCUCUGCACCGGCACUUGGCUGCCCUGCACACCAAGGUAUCUGUACAGUGGAAUCUUCAUUCUGCAUAGUAAAGGCCAAUGCUGUGGAACCCCUUGUGAAAUUGCUUGGUGAGGAAGAUUUCGGAGCUUGUGAAGCUUCUCUCGAUGCACUUUUGACAUUGCUUGAUGACCAAGGAAUAGAGCAUGGUGGCAAAGUGCUCGAUGAAGUGAAAGCCAUUGCGCCGAUUAUAAAAUUACUGAGUUCACAAGUGCCCAGUUUGCAAGGAAAGUCUCUCAAGGCUUUGGAAAUGAUCUUUCGGGUGAACGAGUUGAAUCUAAAGUAUGGAACUUCAGCACAUAUGGCAUUAGUGGAUAUUACUCAGAAUAAAAAUAGUGAGAUGAAAUCUCUGGCUGCCAAAGUUCUUGCUCAAUUAGGUGUGCUUGGCAAACAAUCUUCUUAUUUUUGAUUGAUUUGUGUAUCAUAUAUUUAUUGAAUUCUGCAGAACGUCGGAUUCUGAUUUUUUAGAUUGGAUAUGGAAGUCUGUUCGUGUUUUUUUU